AUGCUGGGCCGCGCAGAAAUUAUUUAACCGCGAUACGAAUCGGUUGUGUUUUUGGCGUUUUCGCGCUACUUUAAGCGUUUCUAGUAGUUUACAACUCCUUCAUAUCUGUGUGGAGGCCGGAAAAACUUCGCGUGUUCGCGCGUGCGGGUGAAUUAUCUUCAAACUUCUAUUGUACUACUGGUUUCACGUUUGGUUUGUUGCAUUCGGUGUAACCCAUUGCGGUUUAUUGGCGAGAUAAAAUUCGUCGGGGUCGGUGUGCUGUACGAAGAUCGGUGUGUUCUGGCAGCUUCGGUAGCUCCAAGACCAGCUGGUGGCUGUAGUGAUCGUAAAGAAAACCUUUUGGAAAAAUAUAUACAGUGAAUUAUAGUGUACCGUUUAGGAAAGAAGUGAAAUCCGUGUCCGUAGAACCAGAAACCGGAACCCUCUGGGCAGGCCCCUUAGUUUUCGAGUCGCCCGAGUACUGCUCAUAUCAUUUUAACCGUAGAACCUCCCCUCCGCAGGAAAUGGCCUUUUUAAGGGCCUACUACUGUUGUGCACUGUUGGUGCUCUACUUUGGGGCUCUAGUCCAGAGUGGUGCACCGGUACGACCAGGGACGGGCAAUCCUUCGCCACGACUUCCACGCACCAGUGCCAGUCAACUGUCAGCGCAAAACAACAGCACCGGAGUUCGUAAUUUGGCUGCGAAGAACCUCACUGCCCAGCAGGGGCAGGGACGUGGGAACUACAGAUCAAGGGAGCAACAGCUGUUAAAUGUGUUCGAAGUGGUGGUAUCGACAUUGGAAGGAAAACUUCAGCGGAUAGACAACUUGGACAAAGCGGUAGAACAUCUAAUGCGACGAGUUGAAUCACUAGAUAAUAAAAUGGCCGACAACAUUGUCAAAACCGACUCGGUCAUCACAAAGUUGCGCACGUUGGACAGUAAGUUGUCCAUCGAGGCUGACAGACCGAACAGCGUGAGGACGGCCAAGUCCACAAAUAGCCUAGACAGCAGAUUGUUUUCACUUGACCAAAAGGUCAGCGAUAUAGACAAUAAACUCAAUGGGUUAAAGAAUCAGAUCGAUAGCAACUUCUUGCCCCUUGAUGACAUAAAUGCGGAGGCAAGCGAACGAAAAACUGUCAGUAUGAACGUGGCAGAAAUUACUAAAGCGAUGCAUUCGGAAGUUAUGGGACACAUCACAAAAGAACUGGGACAGCUGCGGACCAUUUCCGAGGGCAUCGAUAAAAAGCUUCAAUUUCAUAUCAACGUGGUUUCGGAGAAUCUAGGAAAAACACUUAACCUAUUGAAUGAGGUCCAUGAUGCCGUGGUCGAUCAUAACAUCAACUUCAGUUACAACUCUACCUCGACGCUGCCACCAUUUGUAAAAGCCAGUAAAAUCGACAUACUGGUGAAACAGAUACGACCGAUUAUGUCCGUGUCGGAGAAGAUGGACGAGGUGUGGGAUGUUGUCGUGGGAACCAAAAGCUCUGUCGAUGACCUGGUACCCAAAUCGGAUGCCUUGCUAACGCAAAACCAACGGCAAGAGCGAGCUAUUGGUGAGAUCCAUCAUGAUCUGAAAACUAAAACCAAUCUGAUCAUCAAUAAUCUGGAUAUGGUGGAAAAACGGCUUAAAAAACAGGAAGAUGAUGUGGCGGUGCUUGCUCAACGACCCGUCCCGGCCGAACUGCUGAUGGAUCCGACGAUUGAUAGGCUAGUGGAAUACGAUCCAAACAGGUCAUUUUCCAGGUACUCAAUCGUUGAGGACUUCACGGAAACGCUACCAACGACAACCUACCCCACCUCUUCAUCCUCAUCGUCGACGGCGAGUUCCAGUAGCACUAGUAGUACGACUGCUAGCAACGUUAAUUACAACUCCAGUACUGCUACAUCGACUGGGCCUGUCACUCAGACAGUCCAGUCAGGAGGUAAAAAUGUGUCCCGCAAAGGUGGUAUAAUCUUCCCCAGUGUGAAGAACAAGCCGUCCGUGCUGAACAGCACCUUUGCUAGUGAAAAUCUUCUCUUCAAAGACAUUAAAGGGUUCUCCUGUACCGACCUGAUGAACGCCGGUAUGCGCCAAUCCGGAGUAUACUAUUUGCAGAUUCGUGGCACAACCUACUGGUUCCUGAAAGUUUUCUGCGAGCAGGAGAUUGCCGACGGCGGAUGGACUGUCAUUCAACGACGCGACGAUUUCGGUGAACCACGGGAGAACUUCAACCGCGAUUGGGCAGACUACAAGAACGGUUUCGGCGAUCCGGCCAAAGAAUUCUGGCUCGGUAAUGAGAACAUCUACAUGCUGACGAACAACGAGGACUACUCGCUCCGGGUCGAGCUAGAAGAUUUCGAAGGAAACAAAAGGUACGCGCAAUACUCCCAUUUCAAGAUCCAUUCGGAGCAGGACUACUACAAGCUGGAAAUCGACGGUUAUGAAGGCAGCGCCGGUGAUUCGCUAAACGAUCCUUGGUAUGGUUCUAACAACAGUCCGUUCUCCACUUACAACCGCGACAACGACCGAAGUUCGCUUAACUGCGCCAGCAUGCUUAAGGGCGGCUGGUGGUGGAAGUCAUGCGGCCGAGGACUGAACGGUCUGUAUCUGCACGAUCCCCAGGAUCUGACCGCCCGGCAGGGAAUCGUCUGGUUCCGCUGGAGAGGCUGGGACUACACGCUCAAGAAAGCCACCAUGAUGAUUAAGCCUCGAGGACCACAACCACAGCAGCAAGUGACCAGUGCGACUACGACGUAAUAGCAACAAUACUUUUUUUUCUUCCGCGCAAACUUAAGUUUUUGUACAAAUCCUUUUUAUUAUUUUUUUCGUCAUUGGCAAAUCGAAAAAUAAUUGUUUAAAAGAAACAAAUGCCCAUACAGAACGAGUCAUAUAAACAGUUCUACAUAGCGACAUGAACUAGAGAUUCAACUAUGUAUAAAGUUGCACCGGCAUCUAGAAAUGAGUUGCAACUCUACUACAAAUCACAGACAAAUGUAAAUUGAUUCCCUUCAUAAAGGCUAGUUUACAGUUCGGGAAAUGGAUCACGGGAUUUCGCACGGGAUUUGCGUCGGGAUUUGAUCAGGGAAAAUUUCCCGCUGAGAUCUCUCCAAACUGUCAAACCAAAAACUCUGCUGCUUCUUAAAAAUACAAACUGUAUCCAACUUGCAGCGAAUUGUAAACUUUAUAAAAAUACUAUUUUCCCCGUCGGAAACAAUUUGUGUUGAAUUGUUCCCGGCCGGAUUUCUGUGUGGAGAGUUUUAAAAUCCCGUGAUGUUUCCCGCGGUUGGGUUUACACUUCAGGAAAACUGUCAUUUUUGUGUAGACUUAUUUCCCGUCACGGGAUUUGAAAUCCCGAGCUCCAUUUAAAAUACACAGGGACCCAAAUCCCGUGACACGUUUUCCGGACUGUAAACUAGCCUUAAAUGGGACUUAUCCCUUCUCACUCACGUUGCUCUCUAUCCCAUUUUUCGCGUCACUCUUGUUGUAUAUUUUAUUAUUUUAUAUUUAAUUUAUUGAAUUUUGGUGAAAGUACGGGCAGCUUGCAAAAUGCAAAACGAACUCACCACUCUUUUAAUAGCACAUUUAAUAUUAUGGCCGAUGGCACCGAAAUUUGGCCAAAUCUUUCUUUGAUGGGGAAUGGGACCGUUUGUUCCACCUCGUACAACGAGAAAAUGAGAAUUUUUAUUGUGCCUAGGUACAUACAGAUAAAACCAUCCAAAUUAAUCAAAAAAUGCGAGAUUUUUCUUUUCCAAUCUGAUAAACUCUGUCCUUUAUAUGCAGACGAAGAGAAGAAAUCUUAUGAUGAACUGAAAGAGAUUGUUUAAAAAUAGAAUACUUGUUUUUGUUAGGUAAAAUUCAUCAUAUUAUCAUCCCCGUUUGACAAAAUGUUUCAUUUUUCUGAGUGCUUAAAAUCAAAUUGCAUGUUAUCAGCAAUAAUUAAAUCGGAAAAUUUACGAACACCUCGAACCUUGCAAUUAAUUAUCCUAAUGACGAUGCGCAUGGUCUCAAAUAUUUAAUACCGAAGGACGCGCAUAUUUUAUAAAAAAAAAAUUGGAACAAUACAAUGGCAGAAGAUUGGCAAUUCCAAAUGUUAUUCUUGUGGUGAAUAGUAAGUUCCAUCACACGCCCAAACAAAUCGUUGGCAGCAAACACACAUGCACAGAAGGACCAUUACAAUAAAGUGCUCCAUCCGUUUCUGCCAUCUUUAUUUACCACAGAUAUCAAAAAAUACAAUAUUCUCAUUUCUCAUCAAAAUAAUCGAACCGCCAAUGCACCUCCCAAUCUCUGUAUUUGAUAGACUUUUUCUUCACAAUAUUUCCAUUCGUUGUCGGAUUAGGGUUUAUUCAUAAAUUCUGUCACACUUUUAUUGGGAGGAGAGGAUAUGGAAAAUUGUCACAUAAGGAAGAGUGGGAGCAGACGAGAACGAUACGUAACUUACUUUUUAUGAAAAAAAUAUUUAAAUCCUUGCGACAUUCUAGAGGAGAGGGGUUGAAUAAUUAUGUUACAAUUAGUGAUACGAGGGGAGAGCGGAUUGCUGUUGGGUUAUUUAUGGAUGACAUAAUUUUUGAAUGGCCCUUAAGCCUCUCUAAACCUAGUUCUGAACUAAGCAAUGGGUUUCCCAAUGCCUUAAUGUUCAGCUGUUACUGGAUGCAACUACAUUCUACAAAAGAUAAUUAUCAUCUGUUUAAUAACAAUCGACUUCUGCCUAAUAAAAUCACAACUACUAGAAUGUUCAUUCAUAUGAUUGGUCCAUUGGUUUGCUAUUCAUUAACUCGGGUACAUUCAUUUUAUAGUAAUGGGGAAGCACUUUGCGUUCUCUAACAGGUAUAACCUGUUUUGUUUUGGCAUAAUUUCGUCCAAUGGACAUUCUGGUUGAUCUUUCACCAUAAACACAGAGACAAUACAUUUUUUAGUAUUUAUAUCUGGCGAAAAACGCACUGAAAUAUACACUCGACAAUAUAUAGAAUAGAAACAAAUUAGUAGAACUACCUGUGUAUCUCUAAUUUGAAAAUAAUCUUUUACUACUUUCAAACGACAAAGUAAAAUUUAAAAGAAGUAGGAGUACAGUUUUCAAAACCUGAAAAAUAUUAGAUAAAGUUCAAAAGUUACAAAACAAAGACUUCAUUAAAAUUUACAGUUUCUAUUGUGCUUACAGCUCGUCAGUUUUAGGAAGCGUCCUUCAGUAAUCUUCGUCAAAUCGGAAAAUAUAUGAAGCCCUUAUCUUGCCAAAAUGCUAUUUUCAUAGAAGAAUAGUAAAGUGCACAGAAAAAUAGAAACAUUUUGAACAAACAAAACCACAUAAAAACAUCCACAUACAACAAUACUCAUUUGUACACAAAUUCAUAAUACAACAAUAAAUAAAUGAAUAGUGAAUUGUAAAUGAUCCGAGAUGAAACAUAAACCAUCUACAUGCAAAAUUCAUGUCAAAUCAUUUGGAACAACCAUUGAGUUUAUUGUAAUUACUAUUAUUAUUAUUAUUAUCACACAUAUUCAUGCAUACACACAUACAUAAAUCACACACCAAUAAACAAACAAACACAUCACUUCGUACAAAUGUAUAAUUUUUGACAUUCUGCUCAACUGUAUGCGUGAGCUAACGAGAAUCUAUGUGAAAAAGAGAUGCAACCGAAAACACAAAGAAACGAAAGAUGGAAAAAAGGAAAUACUAAAAACAAAUCAGCGCAGCAAAAUCCAAUUGUAAAUAUCGUUUUAAUUUAAUAGUUGUUAGAAUGUUUUCAUAUUGAAAUAAAACAAAUGUGGAAAUAGUUGUAA